CAAUAUAGUACCCUACCACAUCCUAUUUUACGUUGAUACCAGACAAUAUUAAUAUGGCUAUAUACAUUUGUAACCUACGAUCACAACAUAAAAGGACUUCGUUAAAAUAUGGUCCAGAUAAAGUUAUCAAAAUAAUUUUACAUUAUGCACAAGAAUCAGUAGAAGCUUCUUUGCUUCACAGUAAUGCAAACAUUUAGACCAAAUACAGAGCAACCAAUUGAUAUGUAAAAAACACCUAUGAGCGCAAUUAGGUCGUACGAUGCAAGAAAAUUAUACAUUCAUCAUGAUAUUUGACAUUGUACAUGUACAUUAGUGGAAAGCAGCUGUGUUCAAUUUUUAAUAUUUAAGUAUAAAUGCAACCGAGAGUAGCCUACCAGCAAUAUCACUGCACACUAUUUAGAUCACUUUAAAUCAGACGUUCAUAAAAUUAAUAUCCCAGCAGACUCGAUGCACUUGAGUCUUUUUGAAUGACUUCACAAAUAAACAAAAAGUUAUAUAUACAUAUAAACCACAUAAAAACCCAACAAUAGAAUUGCACUCUUUGAUUUAUAUACAAGUAUACUUUCAUUAUAUGGUCAUUUCAAUUAAUGAUUGAUUAAUAUCCCAUCAAAUUAGAUGCACCUGAUUCGCCGAAUGCACUUAGCGAUCAUAUUUGGUGAGAUUAUGGGUAAUAUUCCAAGCAGUUGAUUGGUUGAAAUCUGAUAAUUGAUGCCUCCAGCCAUAAGCGUGUUGUCGUCUUAGUUCUAUGUUUACUCAGGCAACAUUAUUAAGUAUAUCAAAACAUGUAGAGAAAAUAAAAAAUGUAUGAAUUUAUCUCUAGGCUUAAGGUCUUUUGUGUUGAACCAGUUAAAAGCAAGGUGAAGCAUGGAUGUAGGCGAUGAAGAAAACAAUCCUGCCAGUGUUGAAUAAAAGAGAUAAAGGAGAUCAUUAAAAGAUCAAGUGAUAUGAAAAAUUGCAGGAGUUAAUGUUAUCGAAAUAGAAUAUAAACGAUAAUGUGACAAUGAUAAGCUGGACACAGGUUUUACAUUCAUGAAUAUUUUUGAACUUGAACACAAGAUGUAAAUAGGAUAAUUCCAAAAUAGAUUUAGUUCCAUCGAUACCUUGAAUUAAAGGAAGCAGACAUAAUGCAAAGUGGUAACUUAAAACAUCACAUGUACAGCAUACAAUGGAUAAUGUAUUUUAAAAUGUGAUAAGUCAAACAGUGGAUGAUUUGGAUAAAACAUUUUAGAAAUCAUAGAUCACAGUAGAAGAUAUGAUUGAACUUUAAUUGAAUUGAAUUGUACUUUGUGGAUAGUAAUUUGGAUCACAAUGGAAAAUGUAACUGAAGUAACCCAAGAUGAGGGUCCUCCUAUUAAUUACACAGACUCAGAAGCUGCUGUUAUAGGAGUUGUCCUUACUUUGAUAGCCCUAGCCACUGUGUUUGGGAAUUUACUUGUCGUGGUUGCAGUAUGCACGACACAAGCUUUGAAAACGAUGACUGGAUAUUUUAUAGUAUCGUUAGCAUGUGCUGACAUUGCUGUUGCCAUUUUGGUCGUCCCUUGGAAUAUUUACCAGCUUGUGACUAAUCUAAACUGGCCAUUCGGAACUGUUUUUUGCAGAUUGUUCAUUAGUUUUGAUAUUAUGUUUACAUCAGCGUCAAUAUACAAUCUCUUGUGUAUAUCUAUUGAUCGUUAUAUCGCAAUCAGCAAACCGUUUCAAUAUCAACAAAUGAUAACUCAACGUACUGUCAUAUUUAUGAUCGCAGCUUGUUGGUUGAUGCCUAUCUUUAUCUCAUUUGUUGCAAUAUUCGCUGGGUGGAACCUUGGGGAACUAAAAGACAAACAUGAAGAGUUGACAGCCUCUGGAGCCUGCGUCUUCUUGUAUAGCCUGCCAUUUUCAAUUGCAUCCUCAAUGUUUUCAUUUUUCAUCCCAUCAUGCAUCAUGAUCGUGCUCUACACAAAGAUAUUUUUGAUCGCUCGCAGACAGGUGCGUCAAAUCCAAAGUGUCGAAGUCGUAAUUGAUGAAUUGAAAAAGCAACAAACCAAGACAAUGAAGCGCGAAACAAAAGCAGUGAAAACAUUGGUUAUCAUAAUGGGGUCUUUCCUUAUCUGUUGGAGCCCAUUCUUUAUCACAUACGUGGCAGAUGCAAUCAUAGGAUAUCAGAUUGCGUUUAUUCCAUGGACAAUAAUAUCAUGGAUGGGAUGGAUUAACUCAACAGUAAACCCAUGGCUUUAUUAUGCCAGUAAUUCUCAUUUCAAGCGAGCAUAUACCAGGAUUUUAAUGUGCGGACGUAGCAAUAAUAAUGUUAUCGAUAUAGACUACAGUGGGACAAGACAAUCAUGAUAUUAAAUGGGAGCUCCAUGUUUCUCUGUUGUUCAUGAUUGAUGAUCCAGAAAGACAGUUAGAACAAGAUGUUCAUUGGAACAAGUGUUUUCUUUAGUUUUGAAAGAAAUCUAUUUAAUGCUCCACUGUUGAAGUUCUUUCUUGUCCAUGUUGUUUCUCUAUCUAAUGAUCGUAUGCUACUCUAUGUAAAAUAGCCAGCACAGAUAUUGUUGAUAUCAUUGUAAUAUUUCAAAUGCUAUUGGUUAUUGCCAUCAUAUGCAUCUGAUAUCAAUUUACUGAUCAUAACACAUUGCACCAAAGUCACUGGGCGCUACCUGUAUAUUUAUGAAUUAAUUUCAAACCCAUAUUUCUAAUCAAUUUUGGAAAUGAUCAAAGAAUAAAUCUAGAUUUUUCUUGAU